AUGUCAUACAAAGAUAAAAGGGAUUUAGAUAGUCAAGAGAGUGAAGAUGAAUCUGAUGAAAAUGAAAUUCAAAAUAAAUAUAUUGAUGCAGAAGCAGAAGAAGAUAAUGAUGAUGAAAGUGAAGAAUAUCAAAUGACAGAAAAAGAAAGGUUGAGCAUUGAAGAGAGCAAACGGUUAUAUGGUUCAAAAAAUUUAGCAAGAGAAGAUUUUGCCCAAAAACUAAGAAACCCAGAGAAAUUAGCAGAGGAAGCUAGACAACGAGAUGAAGAACAACGUUUAGCAGAAAUGAGAAGAAAUGAAAUGGAGUAUAUCUCAUCAUUACCAGAAAGAGACCCAGAUAAAGACUAUCCUAUUUUUGCUAUCCGAUGUAAACAGGGAUAUGAAAAGGAUAUUUGCAUGAGAAUUAUGAAAAUAUGGAUUAACCAAAAAGACCGUACAAUGCAUUUAUUCUCUGUUUUUGUUCCAAAGGAAAAAACAGGUAUUGUUUAUAUAGAAGCAAUGACAGAAAGAAAAUUUGCUGAUGCUUGUGAUGGAGUUAGAGACCUUUAUAUUAAUACCAUUCAUGCCUUAAAUGAUAAACAAAUAGAAGAGUUAUUAGUUAGUAGAAUGCCUACUACCAUUGAACCAAAUUCAUAUGUAAGGAUUAAUGCUGAACCAUAUAAAGGUGAUCUUGGAGUUGUUGUUGAAACUACAGAAAAUAAGAAAGUUAUUGUUAAAUUAGUUCCACGAUUUAAUAUUGCUCAUUUCCAAGAAAUUGCAAAAAAAAUGAGACUAAAAAAAGAGCGUGAAGCUAAUGGAGAAGAAGAUGUUGAAGAUGAAGAAAAGAACCCAAGAAAAAGAGUACCUCCAAAAGCUCUAAAUUUAACUAAACAAUUAUUUAAUCCAGUAGAACUUGGUAUAUCUGAUGUAUGUUUACCUGAUGAAGAUGAAAAUGGGAUGACUGUAUAUCAUUUUAAUAAGACAUUAUUCUAUGAUGGAUUUAUUUUUAAAACAUAUAAAAUGAGUCAAUUAGUAUUUAAUGAUAUUGUUCCAACACAAGAAGAAGCUGUACAAUUUGCUCAAGGGGAAGAAAUGCCAGCCAAGGGAAAAUUACGUUAUGAAAAAGAAAGGAAUUACAAAGAAGGAGAUUUGGUUAUUAUUAUUAAUCCAGAUGAACAUGUUCAAGGUAAAAAAACUAAAAUUGUUCAUAUUGAUGGAGAUAAAAUUAUUGUUAUGGGAAAUGAACUAGAUACACCUAUAACAUUGUCUAAAGAAGAUGUUUCUAUCUAUUUCAAUGUUGGAGAUCGAGUCAAAGUUACUGAUGGAAUGUAUGCAAAUGAAACAGGUAUUAUUGAGGCUAUUAAAGGGGAUGAAGUAUUUGUUUUUACUGAUAAAAAGAAGUCGAGUAUUUGUGUAAGUCAAAUUGAUUUAGAAAAUACUGAAGAAAUUAAUCAAGAAAUUACAGUCUUAAAUGGGUAUUAUGUGAAUGAUUUUGUUCAAUUAUCUGAAGGAGUAGGAUUAAUAUUAGAAAUCUUGCCACAGAACAAUAAACUAUUAGUAUUAAAUGAUAGUAACAAAACACAAGAAGUUGACCCAUCAGUUAUUCAGGGUAAGUUCCAAGAAAGAAGAGAUGCAAGGUGUAGGGACAGAAAUAGAAAUUAUGUGUCAUUGGGAGAUCUUGUUAAUAUCGUUAGUGGAGUCUAUUCUGGAAGAGUAGCAAAAAUUCUUCAUAUUUACCAAUUUACAAAGAUUUUUGUUCAAUGUCCUGGUGUUUUAGAAAAUAAUUCAUAUAUUGUUGUUACAAAUAAAGAUAUUGUUGGUCCUAAUGCCUCACAUCAAUCAUCUAUUUCUAAAGCAGAACGAAGAAAUGAACGCAGAGAAGAUAGAAGAGAAGACAGAAAUGGUUUUGAAGAUCCAAGUAGUGCAAAUAGAAUUUCCUUUAGAGACUUUAAAGGAAAGAAAGUUAUAGUAAGAGAAGGUCCUUAUAAAGGAUAUCAAGGAACAAUCCGUAAUAUUAAAGGUAAGGAUUUCAUGAUUGAGUUAUCUGCAAACCAAAGAAUUAUUAAAUUAGAACAAGAAGCUUUUGGAACAUGUGACUCAAAUACUUGUCGUCCACAAGUUUCUCACAUGGCAACCCCAGGUCAACAACCAAUGAGGGUUACAAAUUAUCCACCAUCAACUCCUGCUAUGAACUCACAAUAUACAACCCAAACUCCAAUGCCUAAUUAUCAUAACACUCCAAUGUUAAAUCCAGCAACACCAAUGACACCAUCAAUGGCUAGAGCCCCACCAAAAACGCCUGGUGUUAUGAGGUUUAAAGAAGAACCACCUCGUACUCCUUAUUGA